AUGGGUAACAUCUUAACCUUCGUGAAUGAAACAUACCCUCCCAAACCGUUGAUCACUGAGCAGGAGUUGGACGACCAGAGUGGAAAGGUAUUCAUAGUUACAGGCUCAACCGCCGGUGUUGGCAAAGAGCUCGCGGGGAUCUUGUAUUCAAGGAAUGCCCGAGUUUAUGUGGCAGCUCGAUCGACAGAAAAGGCAGAAGGUGUAAUCUAUGCGCUCAAGAACAGAUAUUCCACUUCGACUGGUGACCUUGUCUUCCUCCACCUUGAUCUAAACGACCUGACAACCGUCAAAAAGUCUGUGACGGAGUUCCUAUCGAAAGAGAACCGACUUGAUAUCCUUUGGAACAAUGCUGCAAUUCUGGCACCACCAGCAGGGUCUAGAUCGGAACAAGGCUACGAUCAACAACUCAGUGUUAACACACUUGGACCGUUCUUGUUUACAAAAUUGCUGACUCCCAUGCUGCUUAAAACCGCGAAGAUAAGUACCCCAGGAUCGGUUCGAGUCAUGUUUGUAUCCUCAUCCGCCACAUACCUGGGGGCACCCACAGGGGGUGUGGAUGUGGCGAGACUAGUUGCACGUCACCAUUAUUCUCCAUUUGAAAUGUAUGCCGUGUCAAAAGCUGGCGAUGCACUCUAUGCUCUUCACUUCGCAAAGCUUUAUGGGAAAGAAGGCGUGAUCAGUACGAGCGGUAAUCCCGGGAAUCUUGUUUCAGAGCUCCAGCGUGAGUUCAACUGGUUCAAUCGAUGGUUGAUGGCCCUCAUCUCUUAUGAAGCCAUUUUUGGAGCUUAUACGGAAUUGUAUGCUGGGUUUUCUCCAGACAUUACCUUGGAAGAGAACGGGGCUUGGAUCAGACCAUGGGGUAGAAUUGGUAGGUUGCGACAAGACAUCUUGGACGGUAGGAGCAAGGAAGAGGGAGGAACGGGAAAUGCUGAGGCUUUCUGGAGGUGGAGUGAAGAAGAGGUCGGCCCUUAUAUGUGA